CCCACAUCCAAAGACAAGAAAAAAAGUAGAGGAAGAAAAAAAAAAUGUUCCUCGCAUCACUCGUCUUUCUCCUUCUAGGGUUUACCAUUUCCAUCGUCUUCUCGAGAAACAAAACCCUAGAGACCAAUUCCAGGUAUGGACCAUCCUCCUAUCCAUUCAUCGGAUGCUUAAUCUCCUUCUACGCUAACCGACGUCGUCUCCUCCAAUGGUACACCGAUCUCCUCUCCCUCUCGCCGUCGCAGACAAUCUCCCUCCGCCGCCUUGGCAGCCGCCGGACUGUCGUCACUGCAAAUCCCGACAACGUCGAAUAUAUCCUCAAGACCAAUUUUAUUAACUUCCCCAAAGGCAAGCCCUUCACUGACCUCCUCGGUGAUCUCCUCGGCGGCGGCAUUUUCAAUUCCGACGCCGACCAAUGGAGCUCCCAACGCAAAGUCGCGAGCCACGAGUUCACAACUCGGUCCAUCCGCGACUUCGGCUUCGAAGUCCUUCGGGACGAGGCCGAAAACCGCCUUAUCCCGGUCCUCGAAUCCGCCGCCUAUGCCGGAGCUACGUUGGAUUUGCAGGAGGUCCUAAAACGUUUCGCUUUCGACGUGGUUUGCAAGUUUUCUCUCGGAACCGACCCGGAUUGCUUGGAUCUGACCCGACCCGUUUCGCCUCUUGUCGUGGCCUUCGACACGGCGGCAGAGAUCAGCGCCCGCCGCGCCAUGGAGCCGAUCUACGCCGUGUGGAAGAUUAAGCGUUGGUUGAACGUGGGGAGCGAGAGGAGGCUGAGAGAAGCGGUCAGGACCGUACACGUGUCGGUCUCGGAGAUCAUUAGGGCCAAAAAGAAAAGCCUCGAGAUCGGAACCGGAGACGAGGCCAAACAAGACCUCUUGUCAAGGUUUCUCUCCGCCGGGCAUGGCGGAGACGCCGUGAGGGACAUGGUCAUAAGCUUCAUUAUGGCGGGAAGGGACACAACGUCGGCGGCGAUGACGUGGCUCUUCUGGCUGCUGACGCAAAACGACGUCGCCGAGAAGAAGGUUCUUGAAGAAGUGGGCUCGUUGAUGAAAGGCAAGGAUGGAGAUUUAGGGUUAGGGUUUGAGGAUUUGAAAGUGAUGAGUUAUACGAAAGCUUGUCUCUGUGAAGCCAUGCGGCUUUACCCUCCAGUGGCCUGGGACUCGAAGCAUGCAGCGAACGACGACGUUUUGCCCGACGGGACACGUGUCAGCAGGGGAGACAAGGUGACGUAUUUCCCCUACGGCAUGGGGAGGAUGGAGAAGUUGUGGGGGAAGGAUUGGGACGAGUUUAAACCGGACCGGUGGUUAGCGUGUGAACCGGAAGACGGUGCGAGGCCGGUUUUGAGGAGUGUAAGCCCGUUCAAGUUCCCGGUUUUCCAGGCCGGUCCAAGGGUUUGUCUGGGGAAGGAAACGGCGUUUAUGCAGAUGAAGUAUGUGAUUGGUUCCGUUUUGAGACGGUUCGAAAUCGUGCCGGUUUGUAAUAACCGGCCGAUUUUUGUUCCCCUUUUGACGGCCCACAUGGCUAGUGGGUUCAAAGUGAAGAUAAAGAGGAGAACAACUCAGUAAUCAAGCUAUUAGUAAAAACAUAUUUUAAAUUAUAAUGUUUAUGUGUAAUUCAUGUAAUGAGAUGCAAAAUGAAGGUGUAGAUUGGUAUGUGAAUAACAAUAUAUCCGAUGUUAUAAAAUAUUUAAAUCUGUUUGCUUAAAUGGAUCUCUGUAUAAUAUGCUAC